AUGGCUGAUGAGUCUGAGAGAGUCGGCGGCAGUGAUGCUGGCACGGGUGCGGAUGACAACAAGUCGAUCGAUGAGUCGUCUGCUACUUCGUCCUCCAAGAAAAACUGCAGGCUGAUGGAACGUGGCGAAAACGCUCCGCAGUCGGAUGCCCCCUCAGCGAAUUCCGAAAAUGGGAAUAGCUGUGGAGUGGAUAAGGAUGGAGGUGUCCCUGAGCCAGCCGCUGCGGCAGCAACGGAGUCAGUUGCUGCGAGCACUGCACCGGCGCAUUCCUCGAAUGACACAAGCGUGACUGGUCGUUCAAAUUCGGCGGGGGGAUCAACGGCUUCAAUGGGUCGGCCUGCUCCGGGAUUCUCUCACAUUGCCAGACGGCUGAUGACGGACAGCGCCAACAUCAACGUCGACGAGCUGGUGCAGGCGAUGGACGCUCACCAGCCAUCGUCCGGCGAAAGCGAGGACGAGAAAGAGGACCGCAUGCGCUUAUCGGAGACGCAACGCAUGCUGCGGGAGUUGACGGCGGACUCUGACCUGAUGAACCAGGUGAUGCGAGCUGCGACCAACCCGGAGAUGGCCAAGGAGCUUGCGCGGCAGGCCGAUACCGCCUGGAGAAACAUCGAGGCUGUGCCCGGUGGCUUCCGGGCGCUGUACCAGAUGCACCGCAACAUCCAACAACCCCUCUGGCAGGCGAUGAUGAACGACGGCCAGAGGGCUUCCGCGGCCCCCAAGCGCCACGGUAAAUCGAAGCUGCCGGAUCCCAAAGAAAAGCUGUCGGUUGAGGCGCUACCCAAUCCGUGGGCGACGCCUCCAUCGACUUUUUCGGCUUCACCAGGAAUGCCUUCUUCUUUAGGAGGCCUUGGUGGCCGGGGUAACAGUGCGAACAUCGGCGGCCUGGCCAACCUGCUCUCUGCACUUCCGAUAUCUUCCAGCCGAGGAUCGUCUAAGAGUAACGAGUCGCCAAACAAUUUGGGUUUUAUGAGCACACUCAACCCGUAUAUGCGGAACGCUGGCGCUGGAUCCUUGGGAUCGUCAGGAGCCUCCGGUGCAACUGGGUCUGGUUCAAGCAGUUCGGCGCCAUCAGGAAGACCCAGCGUUGGUAGUAACUCAGCACCCACUUCACAGGAUGCUGCAUCUACGCCACCUGAAGCACCGACGCCAAACGUUACUGGAGCGACCGUGACUCCUGCGGAGGUUACCACGCCGGCAGGCGAGACUGCUGACGCGGGAACCGAGAAGUACGCCGAGGAACUGGCGCAGCUUGAAGCGAUGGGCCUCCACGACCGAGAUCGCUGCAUAACGGCGCUAGAGGCGUCGGAUGGCGACCUGUUCACAGCUCUAGGGCUGCUGGAGACGCUCGAGGAGCUCGACAAGGUGGAGCCAGGCGAGGACGCUUAG